ACAGAGAGUUUUUGAAUCUGCAAAAACGCUUUACAUCAAGACCGGAGCUCGAGGAUAUCUCCUUUGAUGGCCGGAAUCAUGUGAAUGAAUGAAAACUGAAAACUGUUUUGAACAAUCAAGGCAAAACGCCGACCACUUCUGAAAUGACGGUUUUUAUUUGAUGCGGUGUCAUAUUGUACUACUGUACUAUCUUGUCGUAAAGCAAAAAGUGGAGAAUAACCCCUUUAUGGCGUAGGGUUUAUGCAAUUUUCUGUUUUAUUUAUUCAUAGAUUGAAUUUCACGCUUGUAAAGCUAUUGUUCCUACUCAGAUUUUGGUCUUUAUCUUCUCAUUCAAGCAAAUCUGUACAAAUGCCUUUUUUGAUAUGUUUGUUAUAUGUUGAGUCUGUUUUAUCUGAAAAUGGAUUGCUGCUAUUUGGAAAUUAGAAAGUGAAGAUGCUAUCGAGGUGGUGGUGGUGAAGCUGGUAGUCAACUUGAAGAAGAAGAAAAAAAAGAAGGUAAAAUGGAGGAGGUGGGGAGAUCGAAAUCAUGGACGGAGGAGCUAGCGAGUCUGGUGGAGGACACUGGAAUACGAUAUACCGGUGGUGGCGAUCACACUGUCAGUAGCCUCUCAACGCCGUCCUUUGAGUUGAAGACGGUGUUGGAAGGGGAAGGGGAACGGGUGGAAUCCGAGAGCUUUAAGGAUCAAAUGAAAGGGUUUGCCAAAGCUUGGGGAGAGAUAGCUAUUGAAUUAGGGAAAGGGUGUAAGGAUGUAGUUCUACAGAGUGUGUUGACUGAUGAUUCUUAUAUAGUGAAAAAAGUGAGAGGGCCGUCCAGAGUGGUUGCCGGAAAAUUGAGUGUUUUGAAUGACUUUUUGCCGGAGGAUCGUGAUCCCGUUCAUGCCUGGCCGGUGAUAUUAUCCGUUUUCCUCAUUGCUCUGUCAGUUUUAAGUGUGAAUAUUAAAUAUGACAACACUCCAGUUCCACUUGUUCGAGUACAUCCUCCUAGCGCUAGGCGGAUAUUACUUCCCGAUGGUAGAAACAUGUCAUAUCUUGAGCAAGGAGUUUCUGCCGACAGAGCUAGAUAUUCCCUCGUUGCUGCUCAUAGCUUUCUGUCUUCUCGGCUUGCAGGAAUACCAGGCAUUAAAUUGUCACUGCUGGAAGAAUUUGGCGUCCGAUUGGUAACCUAUGAUCUUCCUGGGUUUGGGGAAAGUGAUGUGCACCCAAAUAGGACUCUUCACUCAUCGGCGAUGGAUCUUUUACACUUAGCGGAAGCUGUUAAAAUCGACAACAAAUUCUGGGUGCUGGGAUAUUCGAGUGGGGCUAUGCAUGCUUGGGCUGCCUUAAGGUACAUACCUGGUAAAAUUGCAGGUGCAGCGUUGGUUGCUCCAAUGGUUAAUCCAUAUGACCCGGGCAUGAUGAAGGAAGAGAGGUUAGGAACUUGGGAGAAGUGGAUGAGAAGAAGGAAAUUGAUGUAUUAUUUAGCUCGACAGUUUCCGAGAUUUCUCAGGUUCUUCUACCGCCGAACUUUCCUUUCUGGAAAACACGGGCCUAUUGAAAAGUGGCUGUCUUUUUCCCUUGCAGGACAGGAUAAAGCUUUGACUGAGGAUCCAGUUUUUAAAGAAUUCUGGCAAAGGGACGUGGAGGAGUCGAUUAGGCAGGGAAAUGUGAAACCAUUUUUAGAGGAAGCCGUAUUACAAGUGUCGAAUUGGCCAUUUAGUCUGACAGAUCUACAAGUGCAGAGGAAAUGCCCACAGAAAGGCUUGUUUCAUUGGUUCAACUUCAUGUCCAGUGAAGCAGAAUGCGAAUUAGUUGGAUUUCAAGAACCAAUUCAUAUAUGGCAGGGAAUGGAGGAUCUGGUUUGUGGCAAGGUCAUCGACUAUGUGGCUCGUGUUCUACCAAGUGCUAUUGUGCAUAGACUCCCUGAUCAAGGCCAUUUUUCUUACUUGUACUUGUGUGAUGAAUGCCAUAGAACGAUACUAUCGACUCUCUUUGGAGAACCACGAGGUCCCAUCGAAGGUUCUUUAGAAGAAGAGGAUCAAGAUAACGACCCCCCAAUCCUCCUCAACUAAACUGACUUCAAUUUCCAGUUUUAGAUAUUUUGGUUACGUAGCAUAUACUUCACAGGUUUUUAUCUCGAAAGAGGUUUUUAUGUUGCAAGAAAAAUUGUUGUGUUAUUCUUUAGGAAUCUGUUUCGACACUGCUCGUUUGUGCGGGUUGUUUUAGGGUUUUGAAUGUCGAUGGACAAAUGAGUUGCUGUACUCUGCUAUUUAACAUGCACAUUUUCUUGCUAGUUUUGGUUUUAUUCUUAUUUGAGCAAGAAUUGAUGACUGGCAACCCCGAUAGGCUCACAUGGAACCCGUUCCUAGUGAGAACGCAUUUCAUUUCAUAGCUGACUUAACGGCUAGUGGAGGGAUUCAAACCUGUUUCCCGCAGGAUCUGGUUUAUGGUCGAGUGACUGUUGUGCAAUUAAACAAAAUCGGUCUGCCCAAAACAUAGAUUUAGUUUAGAGAAUUCACAUGAAUCAACCUUAAAUCGAUUUUUAUUCAACAUCUAC